CCCAUGUGCACGGGGCAAACGGAGAUCAAGGAGACUUUCAAGUACAUCAACACGGUGGUGUCCUGCCUCGUCUUCGUCCUGGGCAUCAUCGGCAACUCCACGCUGCUGCGGAUCAUCUACAAGAACAAGUGCAUGAGGAAUGGCCCCAACAUCCUCAUCGCCAGCCUGGCCCUGGGCGACCUGCUUCACAUCAUCAUCGACAUCCCCAUCAACGUCUACAAGCUGCUUGCAGAGGACUGGCCCUUUGGUGUCGAAAUGUGCAAAUUAGUACCCUUCAUUCAAAAGGCAUCGGUGGGCAUCACAGUGUUGAGUUUGUGUGCCCUCAGUAUAGAUAGGUAUCGAGCAGUUGCUUCUUGGAGUCGCAUUAAAGGAAUUGGAGUGCCAAAGUGGACUGCUGUUGAAAUUGUACUGAUCUGGGUUAUAUCAGUGAUAUUGGCUGUUCCAGAAGCUAUCGCAUUUGACAUGAUUAUGAUGGAGUACAGAGGAAAGGAUCUUAGAAUAUGCCUGCUUCACCCCACGCAGAAAACAUCCUUUAUGAUGUUUUACAAGCAAGCUAAAGACUGGUGGCUGUUUAGCUUUUACUUCUGUUUGCCACUGGCUAUCACAGCAUUCUUCUAUACUCUCAUGACCUGUGAGAUGUUACGAAAGAAAAGUGGGAUGCAGAUUGCUUUAAAUGACCACUUAAAACAGAGACGUGAGGUGGCCAAAACCGUGUUCUGUCUGGUACUUGUUUUUGCCUUGUGUUGGCUACCACUCCACUUAAGCAGAAUAUUGAAGCUCACUAUUUAUGAUCAGAAGGACCCCAACAGAUGUGAACUUUUAAGCUUUUUUCUUGUGAUGGACUACAUUGGUAUUAACAUGGCUUCACUGAAUUCCUGCAUCAAUCCGAUAGCUCUGUAUUUGGUGAGCAAAAGAUUCCAAAACUGCUUUAAGUCAUGCUUGUGUUGCUGGUGCCAAUCCAAAGAUCUGUUGUCCCUGGAGGAAAGGCAAUCCUGUUUAAAGUUCAAAGUUAAUGAUCACGGAUAUGAUAAUUUCCGCUCCAGUAACAAGUACAGCUCUUCAUAAAACAAGCAUAAAAGGUAUAUUCUCUUACAUUAAUGCUGGUGCCUUUUUAAGUAAAAGUGGCAAUUACUUUUAACAAGAUGGUAACGUUUAGAAAAAUCUAGUUUUGUGUUUGCACAUAAAAGGUUAUAGAAAAAAUAAUUGCCCCAAAACUGUGUCACGUUCAAAAUCAUGGACGUUUUUAAGAUUGUCAUAUGAAGAAAAGCAUAGAAAGAACAAGUCGUUGUUAGCACUUGAAUACUUCUGAAUCAGCACUUCCAAAUGAUCCCCACUUCCUGUACAUUAAACGAUCAUUUGUAUUCGCUAUAACAGUUGCAGGAACUGAAGUCACAGUAAUUACUAAGCAGUAUAAUAUAAUGUUAAUUGGAUCAAAGCCAUUAGAUAUAACUCAAUGUAUUAUCUUUUAUAAAGGAGAUUAACCACCAUCACUAUUGUGUUUUUUUUUUUUUUUAAUAAAACGUGAAAUACUUUGUAAUAGAAGUUUAAAUGUAAAAAAGUAGAAUUUUUAUCAGGGGUAUUAUAGAGUUAGCUAAUGAAAAUAUUAAAGGAUGCAGUCAAGUCAAAAGUGCAUUUCACUCUGACGAUUGGUUUUACCUACUGUUGUUAGAAGCGACCUUCUAGGCCUCUAUAAAUACCAUUUUGUAACCACUUUGUGUGUUCAGUGCAUUUGGCAGCACUUUGGGUAUGGUCCAUUUCACUGUUUCCAUGUUAUUCGUGUUUAACGACAGCGAAGGAGAGAAAAACACACCAAAAGCAAAAAUUAAUACUACUAGAACCAUAAAAACAAUAGCUAGUAUUGGAAACCAGCUAUUUUUAACUGAAAACAAAUUGAUUGUAUCCCAUGCAAACAGUGGGCAUUCAAGAGCCUGAGGGUUCUUUACUAGAGAUACUUUUGCGACAAUUUACAACUGGUUUUGCAAUCCAAAUACUCUCUUGGGGCAAAAUCCUUUAGAAAUAGCAGGUAGAAAAAAUGUAACCUAGGAAAACAGAGGGAGAAUUUGAACUUCUAUUUUAAUUUAGGUUUAAAUCUUCAUAAAGAAAAUAAUUCACGAACUGUACUUCUAGAGAACAGUACUAUGUAGCACACUCGUCUUCAUACUGUUUUAAAAUGUUAUAGUUCUGUAGUUCCAUAUUUAUGGGCUUAAGAAGAUGUGUGAUUAGUUUCUGCUUCUGUAAAUAGUUUAGUGAAGCGUAAUUAAUUAUAAAGUAUUAAAAUAUGGGCAGGACCCUGUGAGAAAACAGAAAGAUAAAGAUGCCUGUAGUAAACAUGAUGUGCGUUGCCGGGAGCAGUGCACGUUUUGUACAUACAUGACAGGUCAUUCUUUGGCUUUUCAUUUCCUAUUAAUGUGUUACAGAUGUCCCCAGAGACUUACUAACAUAUUUCGUGCACUAAGGCACGAGUUUUUCAAGAAAAAAUGUCGUAUAACAUGCUUUUAUAAAAGACAUGUUUUCAAUAGGCAUGGUAUUAUAUUAUAAUAAAAGUAUUUAUCAAAACUCAGGAAUUCUUUUUUUAUUUCC